AUGGACGGUCAGGCUUUGGCAGCCUGGGAGAAUCAUGCUAGAUCCUGGGAUGAAACGAUGGGCAAUGACGGGAACGACUACUUCUCGGUCCUCGAGUUGCCUGUCCUGCAACGAAUGAUCAGUGGACAGACGCGCAAUCGUGCCUUGGACCUCGCGACGGGGAAUGGCCUGGUUGCACGAUGGCUUGCUCAAGAAGGAUUCUCUGUCGUCGCGACGGACGGCGCCACCGCGAUGCUAGAACAUGCAAAGGCGCGAACAGCUAUCUGGUACCAAGAAGGAAGGCUGGACAAAGAACGCAAGAUUUCCUUCAAGCUGCUUGAUGUGACCAACAAAGAUCAUUGGGCGCAUUUCAUUGACGGUGGUAACCUUCUGGAAGACGGAUUUGAUGCGAUUGUGAUGAACAUGGGGAUUAUGGAUGUUCAUGAUCUGGAACCAUUAGCAGUAUCCUUGACAUCCCUUCUGAAGCAAGACGGAUGCUUCAUUGCGACUGUGCUUCACCCUCUAUUCUUUACGAGUGGCGCGAAGCGCCAGAUCACAGUCCAUGAGGAUCCUGUGACUGGCCAACGCGUAAUAGACCGGUCCAUACUGUUGAGCCAAUACCAAAACGUGGCCCCUGCACGGCAACUCCUAUUUUCUAGUGAUAGCGAGCAUCAGCCGCCGAUCUCAUUCCACAGGUCGUUCCAAGAUCUAUUUGCCCCGUUCUUUCGGGCUGGCCUCAUCCUGGAUGCCCUUGAGGAAGUGAACUUCGAUGAUACCUUCCGCGAGCCCUCGCGUGAAUAUGCAGCGAGGAAUUUCACGGAAUUCCCGAAGAUACUCGCCUUUAGACUCAGACGCGGGCAUGGACAGAGUGAGCGCCGUUAA